GGUUCAGGGCUCGGACAAUUUGAAAGUACAAUAGUUGGUUUCCCUGCACCCGACCCGCUUCGUUUGCCAUCCCAGCACGCCUAUCGGAUCUGACUGGAGAAGUUGUCCGCAGCUUGCGGUCUCCCUCCCUAUACGCCUAACACCUACCUAUACUUCUAAAACAUUUAUUAUAAUUAACAAAAGAAAAAGGAGAAAAGGAAGGGAAACAUUACUGGGUUACUAUGCACUUGCGACUGAUUUCUUGGUUUUUUAUCAUUUUGAACUUUAUGGAAUACAUCGGCAGCCAAAACGCCUCCCGGGGAAGGCGCCAGCGAAGAAUGCAUCCUAACGUCAGUCAAGGCUGCCAAGGAGGCUGUGCAACGUGUUCAGAUUACAAUGGAUGUUUGUCAUGUAAGCCCAGACUAUUUUUUGUUCUGGAAAGAAUUGGCAUGAAGCAGAUUGGAGUGUGUCUCUCUUCAUGUCCAAGUGGAUAUUAUGGAACUCGAUAUCCAGAUAUAAAUAAGUGUACAAAAUGCAAAGCUGACUGUGAUACCUGUUUCAACAAAAAUUUCUGCACAAAGUGUAAAAGUGGAUUUUACUUACACCUUGGAAAGUGCCUUGACAAUUGCCCAGAAGGGUUGGAAGCCAACAACCAUACCAUGGAGUGCGUCAGUAUUGUGCACUGUGAGGCAAGUGAAUGGAGUCCUUGGAGUCCAUGCAUGAAGAAAGGAAAAACAUGUGGUUUCAAAAGAGGGACUGAAACACGGGUCCGAGAAAUAACACAACAUCCAUCAGCAAAGGGUAACCUGUGUCCCCCCACCAGUGAGACAAGAAAGUGUACAGUGCAAAGAAAGAAGUGUCAGAAAGGAGAACGAGGAAAAAAGGGAAGGGAGAGGAAAAGAAAAAAACCUAAUAAAGAGGAAAGUAAGGACGCAAUACCUGAUAACAAAGGUCUGGAACCCAGCAGAGAAACUCCAGAACAACGAGAAAACAAAGACAAACAGCAGCAGAAGAAGCGAAAGGUCCAAGAUAAACAACAGAAAUCGGUAUCGGUCAGCACUGUACAUUAGAGGGUCCCAUGAGAUCGUUGUAAACUCAUGAUGCUGCUAUCUCAACCAGAUGCCCAGGACAGGUGCUCUAGCCAUUAGGACCACAAAUGGACAACGUGUCAGUUACUGCUCAGUCUCAACAACAUUCCAAAUAGUUGCUAUAGUCUUCAUACAAGCAUAGUUAACAACAAAGAGCCAAAAGUUCAAAGAAGGGAUGUUUUCAAAUGGUUAUCUUACAUGCUUCUGUGCAUUUCUAAGAGACAAGAAAUUUUGUACAUAAUUAUCAAUAGGCUAUAAGAUGUAACAACAUAAUGAUGACAUCUGGAGAAGCAACAUUUUUUCCCUAUAAAAAUCAUUUUCAAGCUAUUGCUUUAAGAAGCGAAAGAUAGUUCUGCAAAUUCAAAGAUGCAGUAUCCCUUCAAAGUAAAUAAGAGAUCAGGGAAGAGAAACAUCUUUCAAAGUACGGUGUUGUUUUGUCCAGGACAUCUAGAGAGUGAUCAAAUAUUAGGGCCUGGCAUUUGGGAUCAUAGGAAUUAUCACCACAGAAAUGACUGUUUUCAGAUCAGUUCUAUUGCUCUCACCAUGUCCUUCUGCAAGAAACAGGAGAGUGUACACCAGAGUUAAGCAUUAUGUAUGGGAUUGGAGAAAGGCAAAAUGUGGAAGAAACCAUAGCAUUGGAGAUGACUUCCGUGCUUUACAAAACUGUGAAGGGUUGUGAUUACCUGGAACAGGUCUCCAAUCGAUGUCAGCACUGUGUGGUUCAGCCUCUGCUACCCCUUGGGUUAUAGAAAUCUGUACACAUGUACCUGUAGCUUCCAAAAGCAAAAUCAUACUUAUUAGAAGAAAAUUCUGAUUUCAUAGAAAAACAAAAACUAGAGCAAGGAGAAUAGAACAUGUUUGCAAAGUCAUGUGUGUUCUGAGUGAAAAACAAUUUUAUUACCUGCUUAAUGGUCCACCUGGAACUAAAAGGGAUACUACUUUCUAACAAGGUGUAUCUAGUAGGGGGGAAAGCCACCACAAUAAAUAUAUUUGUUGAUAGUUUUUAAAGUUUUGUUCAUUUUGUU